UGUGGCCAAUCCUCAUUGUGGGUAGCUUCACAUUAGGUGUCUCGACUCUCACACCGCAGUUGCUACUCGCUGUCAUUUGCAUUAAGACAGAGGGCAACGCGGCAGAACAGACUUGGUUAGGAAACAAACACCGCUUACAAGUGAAAACCAAAGGCCCCCUGAAAAAAGUUUUCCUGUGGAUUAUUUGACUGCAGUUUGGUUGAAGUGAAAGGAGUCUCCAUCCCACUCUGAUUGUUUUGGAGAGACAGGCGAGUUGUGUGCUAAAGGACUGCGAUGCAUCGCUUAAGGACUUGCGCUGCCCGGCUGCGGCCGCUGACAGCCUCUCAGACUGCUCAGAACUUUUCACAGCAGAGGCGUGUGGCCGUACCAAGGACUUUUCAGCCAUUUAGGUGCUACACCGCGCCUGUGGCUGCCGAGCCUUUCCUCAAUGGAACAAGCUCCAAUUAUGUGGAGGAGAUGUACUAUUCAUGGCUCGAGGACCCCAAGAGUGUUCAUAAGUCUUGGGACGUUUUCUUUCGCAAUGCCAAUGCAGGUGCUCCCCCGGGCAUGGCCCACCAGAGCCCUCUGAGCCUGGCCGGUCUCCCUCAAGCCCAGUCUUUGGCAGGGGCUCAGCCCAACGUGGAGAAGCUGGUGGAGGAUCACCUGGCUGUCCAAUCCCUCAUUCGUGCCUACCAGAUCCGUGGGCACCAUGUUGCUCAGCUGGACCCUCUGGGGAUUAUGGAUGCCGAUCUGGACUCUCACGUCCCCAAUGACAUUAUAACGUCCUCGGAUAAACUCGACCUGGCAUUGUUCAAGGACCGUCUCAGUAUUCUAACUGUCGGAGGCUUUUAUGGACUGGACGAGUCGGAUUUGGACAAAGUGUUCCGCCUGCCUACCACCACCUUUAUUGGGGGCACUGAGACUGCCUUGCCCUUGAGGGAGAUAAUCCGCCGCCUGGAGAUGGCCUACUGCCAGCACAUCGGGGUUGAGUUCAUGUUCAUCAAUGACCUAGACCAGUGCCAGUGGAUCCGGGAAAAGUUUGAGAAGCCCGGCGUCAUGCAGUUCACCCUGGAGGAGAAGAGGACCCUGCUGGCCCGCAUGGUUCGCUCCACCAGGUUCGAGGAGUUCCUCCAGAGGAAGUGGUCGUCAGAGAAGCGCUUCGGCCUGGAGGGCUGCGAGUCUCUGAUCCCCGCCCUCAAGACCAUCAUCGACAAGUCCAGUGAGAAGGGUGUGGAGAACGUCGUCAUGGGCAUGCCACACAGGGGUCGUCUGAACGUGCUGGCCAACGUCAUCCGCAAGGAGUUGGAGCAGAUCUUCUGCCAGUUUGACUCUAAGCUGGAGGCUGCUGAUGAGGGCUCUGGUGAUGUCAAGUACCACCUGGGGAUGUACCACAGGAGGAUCAACCGUGUGACGGACCGCAACAUCACUCUGUCCCUUAUGGCCAACCCCUCCCACCUGGAGGCUGUGGACCCCGUGGUGCAGGGCAAGACCAAGGCCGAGCAGUUCUACUGCGGAGACACCGAGGGACACAAGGUGAUGUCCAUCCUGAUGCACGGUGAUGCUGCCUUUGCCGGUCAGGGCGUUGUGUACGAGACCUUCCAUCUCAGCGACCUGCCGUCCUACUCCACCCACGGCACGGUGCAUGUGGUCGUCAACAACCAGAUUGGCUUCACCACUGACCCCCGUAUGGCGCGCUCCUCUCCAUACCCCACUGACGUGGCCCGGGUUGUCAAUGCUCCCAUCUUCCACGUGAAUGCUGACGACCCUGAGGCUGUGGUGUACGUGUGCAACGUGGCCGCCGAGUGGAGAGCCACCUUCCACAAGGACGUGGUGGUGGACCUGGUGUGCUACCGGCGGUUGGGACACAACGAGAUGGACGAGCCCAUGUUCACUCAGCCCCUGAUGUACAAGCAGAUCAAGAAGCAGAAGGGAGUGAUGCAGAAGUAUGGCGAGAAACUUAUUGCAGAGGGGGUCGUCACGAGACAGGAAUAUGAGGAGGAGAUUGCAAAGUAUGAUAAGAUCUGUGAGGAGGCACAUGUUCGCUCCAAGGAUGAGAAGAUCCUCCACAUCAAACACUGGCUGGACUCUCCCUGGCCUGGUUUUUUCAACCUGGAUGGCCAGCCCAAGAGCCUGACCUGCCCGUCCACUGGUCUGACUGAGGAGGAGCUGACCCACAUCGGUCAGGUGGCCUCCUCAGUGCCAGUCGAAGACUUCACCAUCCAUGGAGGUCUGAGCCGUAUCCUGAAGGCCCGAGGGGAGAUGAUCAAGAACCGCACGGUGGACUGGGCCCUGGGAGAAUACAUGGCCUUUGGCUCUCUGCUCAAAGAGGGCAUCCACGUUCGCCUCAGCGGCCAGGACGUGGAGAGGGGCACCUUCAGUCACCGACACCAUGUGCUGCACGACCAGAACGUGGACAAGAGAGUUUGCAUCCCCAUGAACCACGUGGCCCCCAACCAGGCCCCCUACACCGUCUGCAACAGCUCCCUGUCGGAGUACGGCGUGCUGGGUUUCGAGCUGGGCUUUGCCAUGGCCAGUCCCAAUGCCCUGGUCCUGUGGGAGGCCCAGUUCGGAGACUUCCACAACACAGCCCAGUGCAUAAUCGACCAGUUCAUUUGCCCUGGCCAAGCCAAGUGGGUCCGCCAGAAUGGCAUAGUCCUGCUGCUGCCCCACGGCAUGGAGGGCAUGGGCCCAGAACACUCCUCUGCUCGUCCAGAGAGGUUUCUCCAGAUGUGCAACGAUGAUCCUGACGUGCUCCCGAGCAUCACAGAAGACUUUGCCAUUCGCCAGCUCCACGACUGCAACUGGAUUGUGGUCAACUGUUCGAACCCUGGCAACUUCUUCCACGUGCUGAGGAGGCAGAUUCUGGCUCCCUUCAGGAAGCCUCUCAUCGUUUUCACCCCCAAAUCCCUGCUGCGCCACCCCGAGGCGAGGUCCAACUUUGACGAGAUGCUGCCAGGCACAGACUUCCAGCGCCUGAUCCCAGAUAAUGGCCCAGUGGCCCAGAACCCAGCCGGGGUGAAGCGCAUCGUUUUCUGCACAGGGAAGGUGUACUACGAACUCACCAAGGAACGCAAGGCCCACGGCAUGGAGGACACGGUCGCCAUUGCUCGCAUGGAGCAGCUGUCCCCCUUCCCCUUCGACCUGGUGAAGGCUGAGAGCGAGAAGUACCCCAAUGCCGACCUGGUGUGGUGCCAAGAGGAGCAUAAGAACCAGGGCUACUAUGACUACGUCAAACCCCGCAUGCGCACCACCAUCGAUCGUGCCAAGCCAGUCUGGUAUGCUGGUCGCCCUCCUGCUGCGGCCCCAGCCACAGGAAACAAGAAGGCCCACCUGGUGGAGCUGAAGAAUUUCCUGGACACUGCCUUCGAUCUGGACGCCUUCAAGGACCAGAUGUAACUCUUUCUUCCCGCUUCCUCUGUCCCAGGAUAAGGGUUAGCCUUCAACCUCCACUGCAACCCAGAGGCCCCUCCUCCUCCGUCCCAUAUGCCCACAUACCCCCUGGACUUGGAGCUUAGAGCAAGCCUACUCUCCUGGUGGGUGUCUCUGUUUCUUGCCCACAAAGGCAACAGUCCUGUUCAUUUAAGUCAUUGCUAUCUUCCCCUACCCAGGCCCUCCCUCAUCGACUCCCCCUGGUCCUGUCUCAGUGUGCCCUAGCCCACCUUCAUCAGACACAUGCCUCAAGACCGCACAUUUAGCAGUAGACAACCAGCCAGCCAGCCAGUCAGGGGUCAGGAAAGAGAACCUUUGUACAGUCAGUGAUCCUUAGCUUGGUUUUUAUUUUCUCUACCUGUAUUUGUCUGGGUAACACUCCACUCACCAACACUAUAACCUUCUUGUGUUGGGUUUUGCUUAAGCCCUCUGUGUGUGUGUGUGUAACCAAAGCACAUUGUUUAUAAAGCUUUAGAUAUUUUUCCGUGUGUUUCAUUCUGUUGCUAUCCUUUUGAAAAGCGUCUCCUUACAUGUUUCAUCGCAGGUCUCCUUACAUAGCCAAAGGACAGGGCAACUGUUGCAACCAGUUUAAGAUAUGUACUGCUGGUAUUUGGCAAAACACACAACGGUUAGUUCAAUGUCAAUGAUCAGACCACAUCAUUUCGAGGAGAACCAGGUGCCCCCCCCCCCUCCUGUUCUCUGCUCUGAGCACACUGCAGGGAUGAACUUGUCUUGGUCUCUACCCCUCUGUCUCUCUUCUCCAGGGCUAUCUAUCUCCUUGGUGAGUGCUACUGACAUCCACCAUCUGCAACUGCUUUACAUUUGUCUGUUUAUUGGUUGUAUGUGUGUUAGGUUUUUUUGCCUUUCAAAUCAACUUUCUCAUUCUUGUAAUGGCUAUUAAAAUAUGAGGUAUUGAAUGCGGGAAAUGGGAAAUAUUUUCACUGUCACAUUGUCUUCAGUGAAAUGCUAGUACAUUUAACAUGACAAAUGCUCUUUUAUCCAUCUUGCACCAUUUCCCACGAAAGAGGCUGAGACUUAGAUAAGGGAAAUUGGAGUGAUGAACCAGUGAGAUGAGUUGGUACCAUAUUUGCAUUUAUAUAUGAGUGUUGAACUGGUCAAAUGAGUUCCAUGUUUGCACUUGUAUAUAAAUCCACAUAGGAGAAGUUUGUAAAGGAUUGUUCAUAUAGCAAUGUCAGGGCAACUUCUGUCUUUAGAUACAUGGCCCCUAGCUCUGUUGUCCUACUGCAGAACAGGGCAAGCAGGUUGGAGCUGAUUUUCCCUUCCCCCUUACAUGUAGUCUUCUAAUGACUCUAGCUAAACACUGAUCUCAUCCAGAUGACAUAAACUAGACCUGGCACCUCUAGAUGUCUCUCAACAAUUCAUGUACUCAUUGUCCUCUUGCAACCCCUGUGCCAAAUUUGUUUUCAAGCAUUUAGCAUUAUUUUGAGGGUGUAUGAAUGAAUUGCCAGAGGAGUCUUUUUAGCUGCAUAGCUAAUUAAAAAAAACAGGACAUCACCUUUUGUUUGGAUGGCUCCACGAGAAAGCAAAUGAUUUAUUUAUUUUCAUAUAGUGGAUUAAGAUUUUUUCCAUUUAAUUAUUUUUGCUUCAUUCAAUAAAGACUAUCUUCCCAAAUCA